AUGGACUUGUCAACAGAGCAGACUGAGCGCAAAGGCUCUGUACAUCAUGAUACACAUGCGACGCCACCAAACUUCAUCCAGAAGGAGCACUGGCGGUACCAGAGCAUGAGGCGAGCUGAGCUCGAAAGCGAUCCUGACGUUUUCGAUUUGAGCAAGCAUAGUGGUUUUACACCAGAGCAGAAGGAAAUAUGGCGCCCUGCCGGUUUCAUUCCAGCCUCAAGAAUCACAGCUGCGUGUCAAGCUUAUGCAGGCGGGCAGCCACUAUCUGAGGCUGUUGAGGAUGCCCCUAUCUUUGAGCAUCGAGAUUUUCCAGGACUCCAGGUCGUAUCUGGUCUUUUGCCUCCAGAGACUCAAGUCCUGUUCACAUCUUGCCUCAUGCAUCGAGAUCUUGCGGAUCCAAGUCACAAGAUCAAUUUGCAAGCAGACUAUGAGAUUCGCUACCCACCAAAGCCAAGCUCUGAAUCAAUGCGGUUCGACAACAGCUUCUUCUUGCGGGAUAGAUCGGCAGCAGAAGAUGUCCUAGUGCCCAGAACUCCGGACAAACAAAAGUCUCUCAAUAACGAGCAGUUUCUGUACACCAAAUUACGUUGGCUUACACUUGGAGAACAGUACGAUUGGCCAACAAGGAGUUAUGCGAAGCAUGCCACACCGUUUCCAGGUGAUCUCUCGAAACUAGUCACUGGCUUAUUCCCACACAUCUACCCAGAGUCUGGAGUAGUACUGAUGUACGGCGCAAAGGACUUCAUGCCUGUUCAUCGCGACGUAAGCGAGCAGUGCCAACGUGCGCUCGCUAGCUUUAGUGUUGGCUGCGAUGGCAUUUUCAUCAUGGCUAGAGGGGAAGAUGAUGGCGGUGGGGAGAACACGCCGCGGACCGUUGCUAUUAGGGUUCGGAGUGGUGAUUGCGUACAUCUCACUGGUAACGCCAGGUGGGCUUGGCAUGCUAUGGCGCGAACUAUCCCGUCAACCUGCCCUUCUUACCUGGCUAACUGGCCUGUAGGUACCCCUGGUGCGACAUCGGCAGAAGAGAAAGCUUUCAAGAAGUGGAGAGGGUACAUGGGCACGAAACGCAUCAAUGUCAGUUGUCGCCAGGUUUGGGACUGA